CGGUUACUUCCGACUUCAUAAAUAUAUAUAAAGUGAUCAACAUCGAUACUGAUCAAAUCGCAGUAGACAUCUUCAGAUCAAGGAAGACAUAAGCGUCACAGUCUGAAUAAACAACAACAGAACAAAAUGACUCGCUAUUUAUUAUUUUUAUUAAUGGUUUCGACUGUCAAAGCAAAUUGCCAACAAGAAGAAAAUUGCUAUUCCCCAAAUUGCUACUGCAGCAACAAAUGGUUUCCAAAAAUGAACGUUACAGAUAUACCCCAGAUGGUAUACUUCGGGUUCGACGAUGCAGUUAAUAGCUUAGUUAGCAAAUAUUACGAUGAAAUAUUCACCAGUAACCAUUCUAAUCCCAAUGGCUGCCCAAUCACGAUGUCUCUUUAUGUAUCUGAUCAUUAUACAAACUACAGAUUAGUCAAAAAAUACUAUGAUGCCGGUCAUGAGAUAGGUGUUCAUAGUGUUACUCACACGAGAAUAGAUACUACUGAACUUAUUUCAAAAGAGGCCAAACAACAAAGAGACAACCUAAUUAAAUAUGCGGAAGUCAAGAAAGAUGAUAUCGUUGGAUGGCGAAGUCCAUUUUUACUUUCAGCAGGUGAUGAUCAACCUCGAAUAUUAAACAAUCUGGGAUUUAAAUAUGAUAUAACACUUACUUACAGAGGACAGGAUCAUAAUAAGUAUGACAUUAUCUGGCCUUCUACAUUAGACUUCCCUUGGCCCUAUCGUUGUUUCUUAAACUGUCCGCGCAGCGCAGUUAAAGGAUUCUGGCAAGUUCCUGUCAUUCCUUUGUUUGAUAAAAAUAAUAAGUAUAAAUGCACGUAUGUUGACGGGUGUAUACAGCCACCUUACAAUGAAACGGAAGCUUUCGAUUACCUUUGGAAUAAUUUCAAUAACUAUUAUAAGAGUUCUCGUGCCCCAUUCGGCCUCAAUAUGCAUGCUGCAUGGUUUGUUUAUUCGGAUUACAGAGUUUCAGCAGUGAACAAAUUUUUAGAAAAAAUUCUUGCUUUAAAAGAUGUUUAUGUAGUUAGUGUUAAACAAGUAUUAGAAUGGAUGAAAAACCCCACGCCAUUAUCAAAACUCAAAGAUUUCAAACCAUGGUCUUGCGCCCAUCCAAAAUUAUAAAAAAAAAAAAAAGCAAAUUAAAGCACGUAGAAA